AAGAGAGAAAAAGAGAGAGCGGGCGAGAGAGAGAGAGAGAGAGAGAGAGAGAGAGAGAGAGAGAGAGAGAGAGAGAGAGAGAGAGAGAGAGAGAGAGAGAGAGAGAGAGAGAGAGAGAGAGAGAGAGAGACAGCAAAGCAGUCACAGGCUUUCUCCUCUCCUCUGCACGUCAGAGGCAGGCAGCGACCCUGCUUAAGGCUGUUGGCUCAACACGCAGAGGCUGAGAAAGAGAGACAGAGAUACAUAGAGUGAAAGAAAAGGGGGAGCCUCUACCCAAGGAAAUUACCACAAGUGAAGUGAAGCCACCUGACUUUCUUGGUCUUAUUUAGGUUGGCUCUCUUCCUCUUUCCACUCCCCGUUCCUGACUGCUUGGGUUUUAUUUUGUUGCUUUUGCCUCUUCUCUCUCAGAGAAGGACCAAGAGAAGGGAGAGAGGUGUGUGCUCUAGGUGAGCUUCCCAGCUGGCUCAAGACCGAACAGUCAAGAAUCCUCUUCACCAGCUGCCUCCUAUCUGCUCCCCUGCCACCCAUCCUCAGCCUGGGUCCUUACCACCUGGAUGGCAGUCUAUUGGACUUCUGAAUGUGUGUCCUGAAGUUCUUCCAGGUGUGUGGAAACUAUUAAGUCUUGCCUGGAUUGGUUGUCACAAAAUUCUCUGAUCAUAAUAGUAUAAGGAGUCGUGAGUAUGGAGAAAUAUUCUGUUGUCUAAGGCAAUUAUUUCUUCUAAACCUGAUAGAGGGACAAGUUUACUUUGGAGACAGAAGUAAAGAAUUAGCAGGAGGACGGAGAAUUAAAGGAGUAAUUACCAAAGACAUUUAAAGAUUACUACCACUUCAUGAAAGGUUUCUUCUAACAAUAUAAAACAGAUUCCUAACAAACCAGCCUAUCCUCUGCAGGCUGGCUUUCAAGAAUCUCCCCAGUCUCCAGAAAAAUGGGAAUUGACGGUGAAACAGUGGUGCUGAAGAACGUGCUCAUUGGAGUCAACCUGAUCCUUCUGGGUUCUGUCCUUAAGCCCUCAGACUGUCAGCUGGAGGUGACAACAGAAAGGGUCAGGAGACAGGUUGUGGAGGAGGAAGGGGGAAUUGUCAACUACAGUGCAUCCAGCAAAGAGCAUCCCAUGGUCUUCAACCACGUAUAUAACAUCAACGUGCCCCUAGACAGCCUCUGCUCCUCUGGCCUGGAGGCUUCCGCAGAACAAGAAAUGAGUGCAGAAGAUGAGAGGAUGACGGAAUACAUGGAUCAUACCUCUGACAGUGAGAGCCAGGUCACCUUCACCCACAGAAUCAACCUUCCCAAACAGGCCUGCAAGUGCUCAUCCUCUGCCCAGGUCAUGCAGGAACUGCUGAGCCGAAUUGAAAUGCUGGAGAGGGAAGUGUCUAUGCUUCGGGACCAAUGCACCUCCAACUGCUGCCAGGAAAGUGCAGCUACAGGUCAACUCGAUUAUAUCCCUCACUGCAGCGGCCAUGGGAAUUUCAGCCUGGAGUCCUGUGGCUGCAUCUGCAAUGAAGGCUGGUUUGGAAAGAACUGCUCAGAGCCCUAUUGCCCUAUGGGCUGCUCCAGUAGGGGAGUAUGUGUGGAAGGCCAGUGUGUGUGCGACAGUGACUACAGUGGUGAUGACUGUUCAGAGCUCCGGUGCCCAACAGACUGCAGCAGUCAAGGACUCUGUGUGGAUGGCGAGUGUGUCUGUGAAGAGGCUUAUACAGGAGAAGACUGCAGUGAGCUGAGGUGCCCGGGAGACUGCUCAGGGAAGGGGAGAUGCACCAACGGCACUUGCUUCUGCCAGGAGGGCUAUGUUGGGGAAGACUGUGGCCAGCGCAGGUGCCUGAAUGCCUGUAGUGGGAGAGGGCACUGCCAAGAUGGAUUCUGCUUCUGUGAGGAAGGGUACCAGGGUCCUGACUGCUCAGCAGUUGCCCCUCCAGAGGACCUUCGAGUAGUUUGGAUCAGUGACAAGUCCAUUGAAUUAGAAUGGGAUGGGCCAAUGGCAGUGUCUGAAUAUGUGAUCUCAUACCAACCAACAGUACUGGGAGGUCUUCAGCUCCAGCAACGAGUACCUGGGGAUUGGAGCGCCAUCACCAUCAAGGAACUGGAGCCAGGUCUUACUUACAAUGUCAGUGUCUUUGCUGUCAUUAGCAACACCUUCAGUCUACCCGCCAUUGCCAAGGUGUCCACUCAUCUCUCCACCCCUCAAGGGCUGAAAUUCAAGACUAUCACAGAGACCACCGUGGAGGUGCAGUGGGAACCCUUCUCCUUCUCCUUCGAUGGGUGGGAGAUCAGCUUCAUCCCAAAGAACAAUGAAGGAGGAGUGAUUGCCCAGCUACCCAGUGAUGUCACAUCCUUCAACCAGACAGGGCUAAAGCCAGGGGAAGAGUAUAUCGUUAAUGUGGUAGCUCUCAAAGAUCAAGCCCGGAGCUUCCCAACAGCAGCCAGCAUCUCAACUCUCAUUGAUGGACCCACACAGAUCUUAGUACGAGAUGUCUCCGACACUGUGGCCUUUGUGGAGUGGACCCCACCUCGAGCCAAAGUGGAUUUCAUUCUCCUGAAAUACGGGCUGGUCGAUGGUGAGGGCGGGAGGACCACGUUCCGGCUGCAGCCUCCUCUGAGUCAGUAUUCUGUGCAAGCCCUCAGACCCGGCUCCCACUAUGAAGUCUCUGUCAGUGCCAUUCGAGGGACCAAUGAAAGUACUGCCACUACCACUCACUUCAUAACAGAGAUUGAUGCCCCCAAGAACUUACGGGUGGGCUCCCGUUCAGCAACCAGCCUUGACCUUGAAUGGGACAACAGUGAGGCUGAGGUUCAGGAGUACAAGGUGGUAUACAGCACCCUGGCGGGUGAACAGUACCACGAGCUGGUGGCUCCUAAGAAUCCGGGUCCUACCACCAGAGCCACCCUCACCAAUCUCGUACCAGGGACGGAAUACGGUGUUGGGAUAUCAGCUAUCAUGGACAGUCAACAAAGUGUACCCGCCACCAUGAAUGCCAGGACUGAUCUGGACAGUCCCCGUGACCUCAUGGUGACAGCCUCCUCAGAGACCUCUAUCUCCCUCAUCUGGACCAAGGCCAGUGGUCCCAUUGACCACUACAGAAUCACCUUUACGCCUGCCUCUGGAAUGUCCUCAGAGAUCACUGUGCCCAAAGACAGAACAUCAUACACACUUACAGACCUAGAACCUGGUACUGAAUACAUCAUAUCAGUGACUGCUGAGAGGGGCAGGCAACAAAGCUUGGAAUCCACAGUGGAUGCCUUCACAGGUUUCCGUCCCAUUACCCAUCUGCACUUCUCUCAUGUCACUUCCUCCAGUGUAAACAUCACCUGGAGUGACCCAUCCCCUCCAGCUGACAGGCUCAUCCUGAACUACAAUCCCCGAGAUAAAGAAGAAGAGUCUCUGGAAGUCUCAUUGGAUGCUACCAAAAGACAUGCCAUUCUGAUCGGUCUGCAACCAGCCACUGAGUAUAUUGUGAACCUGGUGGCUGUUCAUGGGAUGGUGACCUCUGAGCCUAUUGUGGGUUCCAUUACCACAGGGAUCGACCCUCCUAAAGAAAUAAUAAUAAGUAAUGUUACCAAGGACUCUGUGACUGUCUCCUGGAGCCCUCCCGUUGCAUCUUUUGACUAUUAUCGAGUAUCCUAUCGACCCACACAAGUGGGGAGACUAGACAGCUCGGUGGUGCCCAAUACAGUCAAUGAAUUCACCGUCACCAACCUGUACCCAGCUACAGAAUAUGAAAUCAGCCUAAACAGUGUUCGAGGGCGAGAGGAAAGUGAGCGCAUCUGCACACUCGUGCAUACAGCCAUGGACAAUCCAGUAGAUCUGAUUGCCACCAACAUCACCCCGACUGAAGCCCUGUUAAAGUGGAAAUCACCUGUGGGUGAAGUUGAGAACUAUGUCCUUGUCCUAACACACUUCACAGUUGCCGGAGAAACCAUCCUAGUGGAUGGAAUCAAUGAAGAAUACCAACUUGUGGACCUGCUUCCUAAUACUCACUACACAAUCACCAUGUAUGCCACCAAUGGACCUCUUACCAGCAGCACCAUUAACACCAACUUCACCACUCUUCUGGAUCCCCCCACAAAUCUAACUGCUAGUGAAGUCACCAGACAGAGUGCCCUGAUUUCCUGGCAGCCUCCCAUAGCAGACAUUGAGAACUACAUCUUGACCUAUAAAUCCACGGAUGGAAGCCGGAAGGAGUUAAUUGUGGAUGCAGAAGACACUUGGAUCCGUCUAGAGGGACUUUCAGAAAACUCUGAAUACAUAGUGCUCUUACAGUCAGCCCAGGAUGCUAUACACAGUGUGAUCACCUCUGCUAGCUUCACCACAGGGGGUCGGGUGUUCCCUCAUCCUCAGGACUGUGCUCAACAUUUGAUGAAUGGAGACACCCUAAGUGGGGUCUACACUAUUUCCAUCAAUGGAGACCGGAGCCAGAAGGUCCAGGUGUACUGUGACAUGACAACAGAUGGGGGUGGCUGGAUUGUGUUCCAGAGACGGCAGAAUGGCCUGACAGAUUUUUUCCGGAAAUGGGCAGAGUACCGUGUUGGUUUUGGGAACUUAGAGGAUGAGUUUUGGCUGGGGCUGGAUAACAUGCACAAGAUCACAUCCCAAGGGCGAUAUGAGUUGCGGAUAGACAUGCGAGACGGCCAAGAGGCAGCUUACGCCUAUUAUGACAAGUUCUCUAUUGGGGACAGCAGAAGCCUCUACAAGCUCCGCAUAGGAGACUACAAUGGCACUGCUGGGGAUUCCCUCACUUAUCAUCAAGGACGGCCCUUCUCCACCGAGGACAGAGACAAUGAUGUUGCUGUUACCAAUUGUGCCAUGUCCUACAAAGGAGCGUGGUGGUAUAAAAACUGCCACAGAACAAACCUAAAUGGAAAGUAUGGGGAAUCCAGGCACAGUCAGGGGAUCAACUGGUAUCACUGGAAAGGCCACGAGUUCUCCAUUCCUUUUGUGGAAAUGAAGAUGCGGCCUUACAACCACCGACCCACAGUUGGAAGGAAACGACGGUCCCUACAGCUGUGAGCAGAGGAGAGCCCAUAAAACAACCGACCUUUUCUGUCAUUUGUUUGUAUUUUAUAAUAUGAAAUGAGAUGGGUGGGGGGGAAUAAUAAUGAUGUGCUAUUGCAACCUCUUAAGAGUAUAUGAAGGAAGUGGGAAUGAAGCAGGAAGACAGUACAGAGAAGAUAGCCAGGCCCACAGCAUUCUGCUCUUCCAGGUGAUGAAAGUUCAAGUUUCUGACCCUUCAUCCCAGAUCUCUCUCCUACUUAACCACACCCCAACUCCUCACUAAAGAAGACAAAGGAAAUUUUUCAUGAAGUCCAAACCCUUCCAGGAACAAGUCCAGUAGCCCUUCCUAUGUUGGUGGGUUAGGAAUUUUAUCUCCUCUCCCUUGUCUUCUCUCUGAGAUGCCCUUCGUCCUCCUAGCUUGAGAGUCAUGAUUUAUAUUGAUGGUUUCUGAGUCUCAACUUCAACCCACCUGACUGAUAUAUUAGUCAACUGUUAACAUUAGUGUGGCCCAAGUAGGAGGCUGACAGAUGAAACAGCUCUUCAGUAUAAUUUUUCUGGCAAAAAUGGGUUGACCUUACACUAUUCUUGUGACCUAGGCUCCCUUUAAAUGAUCCCAAAUUUUCAACCCUCUUUUCAAUCAACCAACUUUUCAGUUUCAACCAAAUUUUCUGACUCUCUUAUUAUUCUUACCCAAGAGGUACUCUUUGAUUUCCCAGGGAGCCACAUUUCUCUUUCAUCGCCUAAUGAUGAUAUUUCCCAAUUGCACUUGUUAUCUCCUCUCUCAGUCACCAAUUCAGAUUGCAUAACACUUAAAAUCCCUGACACUGGAUUUCAUAGGCCAUGUCACAAUGCAUUAUAAAUCUUGCCUCAAGUUGACCAAUCAACAAAUUUCUAUGGAGUAUCUGUUACAUGCUCAGUAUCAUGGUCAAUAAAGAAAAACAUAACACAUGGUCCCCAUCAAUAAGGAGACUCCAUUCUUAAAAAUACAGAAAGCAUGUACUUGUGUUUCCUCAACGUUGGAUACCUUUUUUGAGGACUUAUCAAUACUGAAGUCCUGUACUCAAUGGUAUCACUGAACUGUAGACAAACUAGUUGUCAAAAUAAUCCUUCCAAAUAACCAGGCAGCUAUUCCACCAGCUAGUAUGGAGUGGCAAUGGUAGAUUCUUGGCCCCACUGGGGAAUAGAAUGACCUGAUUAGUCAAUGAGCUCAAGAGAAACCUUCCUCCACCUUCUUUAUUAUUUACCUAGGAAAGGAAAAAUGAAAAGUGCCAGAGCAAAUUACAUCUAGAAAUCCAAAGGUGAAGAGAAGAGAACUGUGCCUACCUCCCAUUUUAUUAGAUGCUGUAUCUUCACUAUCACAAUUUGAUUUCUUUUUAAGCCUAAGAUCACAUAGAGUCACGGUAGCUAUUUUGAAAGCUUUUUCUACUUUCCAAGUAGAUUUCAACAAUGCCAGCUGCUGGAAUCUUUGUGCAUCUCCCCAGAUCUCUCUUUGCCUACCCUUUUCAGUUCACUACAACAGUCCAUUGAGCACCAUCAUUUUCUACAAACCCAGGUCUUGACCCGGACCAGAGACUUUAGGACCUUUACCAAACAUUCCCUGUUUGAGUCUGAAAGUUAGUAAUUUUCUCAUGAAAUCAUAGAAAGGAACAGCAAUCCCUUGGGGCUAGAUAGAGUGUCUCCCCAUGUAUGUUUUCUUUAAAGGAGCAGUAAAACUGUUGUUUGGACUCAGUGAGGUGGCAAUAUGAGCAUUGGAUCCCUUUAACAUACUUCUUAACACCUUGACAUACUCAGCACUGAAAAUGAAGCUAGUAUUCACCAUCUUGAAUUCAGUAUAGGCUCUACAGAAAGUUAGUAAAAAUGCAAAAAUAACUCAUCUAAGCACUCUCACUCUCUCUUGUUCUCUCUCUCUCUCUCACACACACACACAUACACAUACAUGCAUACACACUCAUACUCAUAUGUAUACAUAUAUAUAUAUACAUGUGCAUAUAAUCAAAGCUUCUUCAGGAUAGAAGAGACCUUAGUAGCCAUUUAGUUUAACACCUUAAUUUUAUAGAACAGUAAAAAAAGACCCAGAGAUGUUAAAUGAUUUUCUAAAGUUCAUACAUCUGACAGGAGACAGGAACAGAAUUAUAAUCUGGGUCUCCAAAGACUGCCAAGACAGUGAACAUUCCAUGACACCAAUCUAUCUGCUCUGUUAAAUUGGCUGAAAUAUGGGCCAAAACACUAUGAAGAACUACACAUACUGGCAAGAUAGAAAUUGACAUAGCAGAGAUGACCCAUUUUAGAAGAACUGGAAAAUUUUAAAAGAUGCUUCCCUUAUUUAUAAAAAGGGAAAAUCAGGAGUCACAUGUGAAUCUCAGAGCCAAAAACAGAGAAAUAGAAAUUCAGGAAAGAUCCUGACAAGUAAGGGAUGAAUCCAUUUAGUGACCAGUCAUAUAGAUUAGCAGGGAAACAAGGGUAACUUUAAUAUUUUCAUAUUAUUUCUUAAGUUCAUGUCUAUGGGCCUGGGUGGUGCAAGUCAAGGCUGAAAUGUGGAAAAGGAUAUGACUUCUUUGGUCCCAGUCACCUUGUCUUAGAAACAUGGAUUUAAACCAAGAAAGUUCCCUAAAAACAGAAUCCUGCUUUUCAGUUGAAUUGAGUCACCCAUCAAGAUCAUUAGAGAAAUGGCAGAACCACACUGUAAUAGAAUAUCAUUUAAAUUUUUCUUUGAGUCAUUCUGAAACUCCUGUUAUUCCUUAAAAUGGAGCCAUAGUUUAUCUACCUUUAUAAGACCUGAUCAUCCUUUCCCAUUUAUUCCUGUGCUAAUAUUUAAUGUUUAGUAUGGCAUUGUUAAACACACUGACUACCUCAUUACAUGCAUUUAUGAACACAUGCUCAUCCCAACAUAUGUUCUUCAACUAUCAAAAUGCCCUAAUCUCCUGCCUCAGACCCUACUCAGUACCAGGAAUUCCAACUAUUUACAAAGGAACCAAAAGACAUGAUCAUUGGCUGUCAGAUUUUAGACCUGGAAUGGACCUCAGAGGUCAACAAGUCCAACCUCCUCAUCUUACAAAUGAGGAAACUGAAGCUAAGAAGGUUAUGUGGAUGACCCAAGAACUCACAGUAGUGUGGAAGAGGCAGUAGGAAGCAACAGACCUGGGGAUUUAACCUAAGUCAUUCUGAUCUCCAAACUAGUAUUCUUGCCAUCAUGCCCUGGCCACCUAUAAACAUGACAGCAACAGCCCUGACAUGUCUAUGACUAUGGAACAGAGUAAUGAAACAUUUAAUCUAUCCAAAAAAUAAAUACAAAUGAGUCUUAACCUUCCUCUAAACAGAUGAAGGACAAAUACCUGGGAAAAUGGAAAUUUAUUCUUAAUCCAAGACUAGACAGGUGCUAGGGCAAAAAGCUAAUGGCAGAUAGAAGGACAGAGCUAUAAAAAAUACAGCAUAAGGGGAAAAUCAAAGACUGGAAACAAUGAGAUUCCUCCUUUAGACUUUAAGAGUGAUGUGGUUCCUUGAUGUGAUCAUAAGUUGAGGUUGGCAUUAUCCAGGUAUCCCUUUGAAUCCUUGAAAAACAGUAAUGGGACAAAAGAAUUCUAGUCAACCUAGAAAGAGAGAGAGUUUAAAAGCCUAAAAAAGACUCCCUGAUAAGGAGCAAUAAAAUAGUGCUUAAGACAAGGAUAAAGAGGGAAACUUCUUGGGGGACAUAGAACAUGGUACAGUGAAAAGAGCAUUAGGUUUAGUAUCAAGAAGCCCUGAAUUAAAAUCCUACCUCUGAUAUUUAAUACCUAAAUGACCCACACAAAGAGAGUCAUUUAAUCUCCUGUAGGCCUCAGUUUCUUUCUCUGUAAAAUGAAGAUGUUAUAUUAGCCUCUGAGAUCCCUUCUAGCUCUAGAUCUAAGAUCCUAUGAACCAAUACACUGUCAUACCAACAAACUAAGGAGGAAGACCUAUUAAACUCUAAUAUUCUCAUUCUCCAUGGAAACUAACAGGUUCCAUCCAAAUUUAAAAUAGUUAUUGAAAGACAGGAAGACCCUACAGAAACCACAUGAACAAUUACCUCCAAAGCACUGGACACAAAACCAAUUAAUCAUGGUCCCAUUUUUACUUUUCAAAGCCAACCCAUGAAAAGAGCAGUGACUUCAUGCACAAGAAAACCUGCCCUUUGGGACAAGUCUAUUUUAUAGUUUCUAUAGAUGUUAGCUAACAGCUCCAAAAAGGAAAUGUUUCAAUCACUCCUACUGUGUAAUGCAGCCUGGUCUUUGUUCUCUCUAUCCUAGAUAGAACUGACACUGAAGCCAGGGAGAGUUAGAAAUGCAUAGGGACAUUCACUGAGAACCAUGGUGAGAAAAAAACAUGGUUGGGGAAUGGACUGAACUAAACCAGAAGCCCCUAAUUAGUCUCCAGUAGAGAUUUCAGGGGAAGGAAGGUAGGACUCUCACCCAGAAAAUGACCUCUGACAUUAGAGAACUUCUUGAGGUUUGUUUAUGUAUUUGGGGCUAUCUUGCUAGUUUCUCAAUCUCUUCGAUUUCUUAUCUCCAUCCCCAAACCCAAAAAGUGGCUUCUUCCCAUCAGUAUUUGGUGGGCCUUCUUUAGAAACUUGAUAUGGAACCCUAAUGAUUAAAAAGUCCAGCUCAGUUUGAAUAAGCCCAUGGAAACCUCUUUUCUUCAUCUCAAGUGUUGGAGCUAGAUUUAAUGCACUCUAUGAUCUCCAACUCUCACAUUCUAUGACCCUCUACCAUUCCCUGCCUUAGUUUGACUGAGCUGCACAACCAGCUUUAGAAUUUCAGGGGACUGAGCUGGUCUUGUGUGAUUCAGGGAUUUGCUUUUCACUCAAGGUUCCCAAUACCCUAAUUCCCAAAUCCAGCCUCAUAUGACCCAUGAUACCAUUAACUGUAAUAAGUGUCCUGAUCCUUCGGGAUUGAACAUUGAGGUCAUGAAUUAAAGUAUUUUACAGUAUUCUGUGGAAUGUACUGUACAAUCAGCAAAUAUGGCUGAAAAGUUUUUGCUUGUUAAAAUUAAACAUCUAUACAGUGUUUUAAGUCUUAAAAAAAACACUUUCAAAAGCAACUCAUUUGACUGGGCAUAGCAACCCAUUGAGGGGGUAGUUCAAUUAUUAUCAUUCCUAUUUUAGAGAUAAGGAUAUCGAGGCAAAAAGAAGUUAAUUAAAUGUCUUGCCCCAAAAUUCAACAGAUCAAACCUUGAAACCAAGUCCUCUGACUCCAAGUCCAGUGACUUUUUCCCACUACUAUAUCACUAUCCUCCUGGUUACUAUAACAACAGUAAACACUUGAUUUAUUCAUUAAGCACUCAAAAGGCUCAAUCUGAGAGAGGUGGUAUGGUAUAGUGAAUAGAACUGGUCUCAAAGUCAGGAAGACCUGGGUCUAAGUCCAGCCUUUGACACAAGCUGGCUGGAUAGCCUGAGACAGAUCAGUUAACCUUCCAGUGUUCUAGAAACCUCUAAGACUCUUAAGUUCCUGAACUGGAAGAGGGAAUUUCAUUACCUGGAAGCUCUCCAUUCCAAUGGAACCAUAAGUGCAGUCUCAAUCUCUCUAGCCUCCAUGCAAGGCACUGUCCUAAGUCCUGGAGGAACCUUAUGGCAAUAUCAUAGGAUGAAUAUAGCCAUAUUACACAAUUCUGAUGGCCAUAGUUUGAGGUAUUUAGUACCGUAUUAAAGAAUCCUUUUGCACAUAUUUCAGUACCUCCAUUCAUUCAUUCAAUAACCAUUUACUAAACACCCACUACAUGCAAAAGGCGUAACGUUGCCUAGCAUAUAGAUGAUUGAUGUUGGAGUUCAGUGAAAUCUAGGUUCAAGGCCUUCCUCUGAUACUCAUUAGCUAUGUGGCUGCUGGCAGGUUAUUUAACCUCUCAGUUUUCCUGGUAAUUCUCUAAGAAUUUAAGUGAAGGUUGUAUGUUUUAUCUAUAUCCAUGGAGGGAGUUUCCAUACCAGGAAUUCUGCAAGCCAAUAAAAUUAUAGAUGGAGAUGAGGAACAGAGCACUGUGCAAGGCCCUGGAAGAAAUUUAAGACUACUGUAUUCUGCCUAUAUUGUAGGGUCCCUGUGGCCAUAUUAUAAGAGUUCUAUGGCUGGCUUUCUAGUUAUAUUUCUUCCUACAACAUUUAUUUCCUCUACAAUCCAGCCUCAUAUAGAUGUAAAUGAGAUUCCCAUCAAUAGUUACUGAUGUGUCUUGGUAUUGCUGUACCCACACAAGCUCACAGAACAAAUAAAUUUUUUUAAAUAACACUCAACCCCCCCCAAAAUGAAGAAAAUCUUCACAAUGCUUCAAGGAAGGGCAUUAGUGUAGGCUAUAGUCCAAUUUAAGGAAAUAGCUAUGGUUCACUCUAAUUUUCUCCACAUUGGAUUUGCUCACAAGACUCUUUCCAUGCUGUCUGUCUUUGUUCUUCAGACACUUAAAGAACAGUCAAAAGAUGAGAAACUAGUGAGUAGAAGUGAAGUCAAAGCAGGUUUUCCACCGACAUCUAAUAUUAAAAUUGCUCUACAGGGUUAAUGGCAUACAUCCAUCAACUACUGUACUUUACCCCUCCCUGGAAGAGUCAAGACCAUAGAAAUUAUAAUCAUAGAGCAGGCAGCUAGUUCACCCCUUUUGCCUUCAGGUAUGUAAUGGAAGGAGUACUGGAUUUGGAAUCAGAGGGUCUGAUUUUGAAUUCUAGCCCUGCCACUUAUGAGCUAUAUGACCUUGGACAAGUCCCUCCAUCUACCCUGUCCUCAUCUACAAAAUGAGGAGUUGGACCAUAUGAUCCUAAUGGAUCAAAAAUCAAUUUCUUUCCAGAUUUUUCUAAUUAGUGAAUCAGCCUUAAGUACCAUGGUAAUACCUGAUAGAUUGUCUACUUCAAAUCUGGUGAAACUGAAUCAGAGGAAAUUGCCAAUACGGUACAGAAUUCAUGUAGCAGAGCCAAGUUGGAAGUUCCCUUCUACACCACACCUUCGAAUGCCUUUUCAUCUCUACUUUUCUUUCUAUGGGGAAAGAACAAAAUAAAAUCUAUUCUUAAACUAAACCAGGCCUUCCUGGUAUCUCAUCUUUCCCUUACUUAUAGACAACAACCUAGCUCUUAUCCCUAGUGUUUCUGAUCAACUUCUCUAAAAUUUCUCCCUCCCCACCUCUAACUGAUAUGUGACUUCAUCAAAUCUGUCCCAUCUAACUGUCCAAAUGUCCUUGAGCAGUUCACAGUCUUUGAGCAGCCAUAUAUUCUCUACCGACAUAAAACCCUCCCCCAGGUUAUUAUGGCUUAUUGCAUAACCUCUGAAUAAUACUGCUCUUGUUCCUUUGACAAACUCUGCUCUUCUCUUAAGAUAAUUGAAAUAGUUCUUGAUUGUCUGGGCCAUGAAGUUGGGCCUGACUGAUGACAUGCUAGGUUUCCAUUUCAGAUAAAUUUAACUCUCAAUCUCUCAAGCCCAGUGGAUGCUAAACAUGGGUUUUCUUGGGGGUUUUUUCCCUGUAGUUUGGCAUUAAUAAGUUCUCUUCAUGGUUGCAAAUAAGUAGUAUGGCAAUGUGAUUAGAAAGAAGUCCUUAGAGCCAAAAAGUCUGGGGUUCAAGUUUUAUUUCUAACAUAUACUGGUUGUGGGAUUCUGGGUAACACAUUUAACAUCUGUUCCCUCCAAGCAACUCUAAGUUUAGAAGUUGAAGAACAGAUAGGAAUCUGCACCAGUAGAAAGAGUUUCCUCCCCAGGACUUCUCUAUCACAAUGAAAUCACAAGGCUAGUUCAAAAAGAAAAAAAAAACCACAGUUAUCUGGCAAGUGCAGUAGACAGCUCUUUUUGAGAAGGAGAAAAACAUACACAAGAUAUUUGAGGGUGCCUAAACAUCUCUAGAGAUCCAGAUGCACAUCCAGAAAAUGAAUGGUGGACUUUGGCAAACUAUUGGCAAGUCAUUCUUUGACAAGACUUUGCCAUCUUACCUUUCUCUGAGAACCAGUCUAUUUUUCACUAUUUUAGAGACAUCUGUAAGGAAGACCACAGAAUUCUAGGAGUUAAAUAUCAAAAUUCAGGAAUUCAGAGAACUUUAUUUCUGGGGAAUUUUAGAGAAAUCAGUUACUAUAGGUCACAUUCCCUCAUUCUAUAGAUGAGGAAAACCAAAGUCCAGAGAAGGGAAAUUACUUGUCCAAGGCCAUACAGUGAUAGAGAAAGGAACUGAUUCCCUAACUCCCAGUUCCAUCUUUUCUUAAGUAAAGAAUAUAUUUUCUUGGCAUUAAUCAAGCCAAUUGGACAUCACCUUAGCGCACACACACACCUAUUCCCAUCUCAAAGGACCUUCUAACUAUCAUUUCCUUUCUGGCUCCCUCUUCUAAGAAGUUUAUUCCAAUAGCAAUCCUGGUGGUUUUCUGUCACCAGUAACUUUUGUAUACCCUGACAAUCACUCCUAAGGAUAAGAAAAUGUUCAAGUCUACACUUGAUAAGGGUAGGAUUAGGGGAGAGGGGCAGAAAAUCAUGGGAAACUGAAAGGGAUUGGAUACAGAAAUCAUUUCCCCUCUUCUCUUAGAAAAUGAAUUGCCUAUUUUUUUUCUUUAUUAGAAGGACUUCCCACUUAAAGAAGUGAAACACUAAUGGGGAAUAUAGUUUAGGAGAGUUUUCUUAAUUUAGGCAAAUUCCUCUUUUUUCUUUCAUCUCCCACUUAACCUUUUCACUAAAGCUCUUGGUGGGACAGGUUCAGCUCAGAAGUGAUGGAAUGAUAUUCAUUCUCAGCUCAUGUGGGCCUACUUUGGCAACAGUGAGGAAAGGCUAUGAAAGAUUAUAUUCUGAGAAAAGAUCCCUUAGUCCUUUAUAAACUAUAAAAAGUGAUAUUUUAAGCUGUCAACGGAGUGGGAAGAAGCAUAAAAACUGGGUCUACAUUGGUACCUGUCAUGCCAUAGGAAGACUCCAUUUUUCAGUAGAAAGUCUAACCAUAGAAAGGAAGUCAUGCUUCAUCUCUUCUUUCAUCCCCUCUUCUUAGCUCUCCCUUACUUGGAGCCACUCGCUUCUCCCAGUCAAGUCCAGCUUUAGAGAACAGACUAUUCUUAGGAAUACAGGUUUCAAAAUUCAAGUGAUGAGUUCUCUGGUUAACCUUUGAGCUCCCACAUUAUUUCUUUCAUACCCACAAAUCCCAUUACGCUAUUCUCAAAUGGCUUACAAAACCCAGAGGCCAUGAGCAUGAUGUUAUAUCUUAUAGGGAGUCAUUUGCCCUAAGUUCAGGGCAAUCAAAGCCUACCCUGUCCUUUGCAUUCCUGUCCCAGGAAGACAAACACCAAGACACCAGAGCCCCAUUUCCCUUCACUUUUCAGUUUAUUGUUUUAACUUUUAUCAACCUUUUUCAAAAAACAAACAAUAACCAAAACAGCUUACUGACUUUAUAGCUACAAUGUGCUGAGAUGGCCUUUACUUAAAAGAAAGAAGGGUGGGAAGGAACAAAGAAGAGGAGAUGUGGACUCUUCAGGUCAAUGGAUAUUUUGAUGAACUAAAAUAAAAUAAAAUAAAAAUGAGAACAAAAAAAUGGUGGUGGGGCGGGAAACCAGCCUCUUGACCCUUCCAUGGAAAUGUAGCUCAGAGAAUGGGAUCUACGCUUGUUAACCAUUGUUAACUAGAAUUUUUAGUCCUGAUUGCUCUUAGCCUCUGUAUAGUUCCUUUUUUUAAUGCAUUUUCUAUACGUUAAUAAAAGAUUCUGAAGGAC